AUGGCUAGGGCUCCUUGCUAUUCUCAACACCCUUCACUUAACCGUGGGGCUUGGACUGCUCAUGAAGAUUAUAAACUGGCCCGAUACAUCAAAAUCCAUGGCGAGGGUAGAUGGAGAUCCCUUCCACACAAAGCAGGUCUCAAGCGAUGUGGAAAGAGUUGUAGAACCCGUUGGUUGCACCAUCUCCAUCCUGAUGUUAAGAGGGGGAACAUUUCAGCCGAUGAAGAGGAGCUUAUCGUUAGAUUGCAGGGACUCCUUGGUAAUAGAUGGGCAAUGAUAGCAGGGCGACUGCCCAGUCGAACAGCCAAUGAAAUCAAGAAUUACUGGAACACUCAUAUCACCAAGAAGACCUCGCGAGAGAAGGAAACUAUACUGAGUGACCGUGUGUGGAAAUCUAUUCCUGUUAAAACAACAUUGGCGAGAAAAGCGAAGGGCCCCAAGGAAUAUCCAAGCUUUGUAAAGGAAAAUCAUGACUUGAAUUCCGCUGGUUCUUCACAAAUUUCAAGGAUCUCUAAGUGUUUGAAAAAGGAUGAUUCUCAAAGCCUCGAAUUUAGUAUUGUAGAAUCAGGAUUUCCGUCGCCCUGCUAUUCCAUACAAGAUUUUCACACGGAUGAAGUUGAACAAGCUUCUCUUUCUCUGAAGAUAAAUGUUGAACAAGCGAUGACUUUUAUAGAAGAGCAAGAAAUAGUGGAGAUUAUUUAUAAUACGCAGCAAAAUUAUGGGAUAAUUGAACCGCAAGAUUUGCAGAAGUCAAGCAUGGGGUGGUUGAGUACACUGUUAUUGGAAUCUGAGGAAGAUUGA